AUGAAUUAAAAUCACAUGAUUUGUUUAGAAGACCUCACCGGAACGUUCUAGCUUCCGUUUAUGCGGCGGUCUUAGAAGAAAACCUCAAAACUCAAAUCCAUACUGAGAUAACCUCCGAUCUUCGAAAUCGAACGAACAUGUCUUCUCCUGGCGAAUACUAUAACUCACUUCCACCAAUUACCAAAGCUUAUGGAACGUUGUGCCUUUUCACUACCGUUGCUAAUCAGCUCGGUUUAGUUGCUCCGGUGUUCAUUGCUUUGAUUCCUGAACUUGUUAUUAAGCAGUUCCAGAUCUGGAGGCUGAUAACAAACUUCUUUUUCCUCGGUGGUUUCUCUAUCAAUUUCGGUAUACGUCUUUUGAUGAUCGCAAGAUAUGGAGUUCAACUUGAGAAAGGGCCAUUUGAAAGACGGACAGCUGACUUUUUGUGGAUGAUGAUCUUUGGAUCCUUGACUCUUGUGGUUUUAUCAUUAAUACCAUUUUUCUGGACACCGUUCCUUGGAGUUUCGCUUGUGUUCAUGCUUCUAUAUCUCUGGAGCCGAGAAUUUCCAAAUGCCAACAUCAGCCUAUACGGUCUUGUCACUCUCAAGGCUUUCUACCUCCCAUGGGCAAUGCUAGCACUAGAUGUUAUCUUUGGCUCUCCAAUCAUGCCAGAUCUUCUUGGCAUCAUAGCCGGACAUCUAUACUACUUCCUAACAGUCCUCCACCCUCUUGCCACUGGAAAAAACUACCUGAAAACCCCUAAAUGGGUUAACAAAAUUGUAGCAAGAUGGAGAAUUGGAGCUCCAGUAGCAAGUGUUCGACAAGCAGGUGGCGUAGGAGCAUCAGGAGCCGGAGCUGGAGGAUCAGUAGGAGGUGGAGGAGCUUAUUCAAGUGCGCGUGCCCCACCAGAGAGCUCGAACACAGCAUUCAGAGGUCGAUCAUAUCGUCUCACCGAUUGAAACAGAAAUCUUCACCUCGUUUCUUUGUUUUCAGUAUCCCAAAUCUUUUCUCAAAACAAUGCCACUAACAAGUCCCAGGGUAGCUUUUGUUGUUUUUUCGAGCAGUACAGUUUUUGAAUAUAUGACUUUGUAGGAAGAAUCUUCGGAGGUUUUAGUACAAACAAACACAAUGUUGUAUUCAAAUGCUUGGUGCCGUUUUUACGCAUAAUCAAUCUCUUUCACAAAACA